AUGCCUCUGGAGUCAAGUGAGGGCAUUCCAAUCACUCCUUCCCAAAGCCGGAAGCGAGCGCCAGAGGGAGACAUGCAGCGGUGCUCCAAAAGCAAAAGGGCCCGUUAUGUUGCUGUUGCGUGCGACUCCUGUAAACGACGUAAAAUCCGUUGUAGUGGACUCCUAUCUUGCACCAGCUGCGACGAGCUCGGGGUAGCGUGUUUCUACCACACAGACAAUCGCGAACGGCCAAAGGACUUACAACUAUUCGAAGGCAUCAGCGCGGAGAUGCAAACCAUCAGCAGCAAAUUAGAUAAGCUCACACAAUACAUGUCAGCAUUCCAACAUGAACAACGCGAUUUACGGACCAUCGACGAAGAGAAUGACCAGGAAUCUGAACGCAUAGGCGUAAGCCGAAAGCGUUCCCGUUCGUCUGGAGUUUUGGACCAACCACAGUCUCUCUGUCCAGGGUUUCGCGGUCCCACGAGCUCCUCGUUCAUCUUUGAAGUCGCAAACGACAGGCUCAAUAAAAUGGGGUUGCGCGCGGAACCAAAUGAUCAUGGAGCAGAGGCGAGCCGAGGAAGGCCAUUGCCAGUGUACCCAAAUCGACAACCACGAUGCGCCAAGCCAUAUUCGCGAGACUGGGGGAGCGAUACACUUGAGCAACUCGGUGAAGAAACGGUCGUAAGACUAUGCGAAGAUUAUGACGCCAGCAUAAAUGUCCUGUAUCCCGUCCUGGAUAUGCCACGGAUCUUGCAGCGAGCGCGUCUUGUCUUUGCCCAGGCGGGAUCUAGCAGCGACUUAGGAAUGGAGGUGGGCGGCUCGUCGAACACCACCACAGACGAAUCGAAGUUCGAGAUUAAUAUAUUCAAGCUGAUGUGCGCUGCGUCCCUGGCUUUUCGAGGCCAGGCCGAUCACGCCAUGGCCCAAGUGUUGUACGAUGAUGUUGAUGCAGAAACCCCUGUGUGGGAUGCUAUGGGGAUCAGAGGGCUACAGUAUCUUACAUUGGUGAUCAUCUACCACGUUCAGAUGGGACAAGACGUGCGAGCUUCCAGAAUUAUCGGCGUAGCAGGGCGACUCUGCCUGGAGAUGGGCCUGAACCGGCGUGAAGUGCUUGAACGAACAUAUCUUGAGCAACACGCGAGAGACCUUGCAGUGAGGAUAUUUUGGUCCAUCUAUCUGCUAGACAUGAGAGCGAGCUGCGGGACCGGGAUACCUUUCGUGAUACAGGACGUUGAUAUUGAUUCAACGUUACCUGAACCAGAGCCUACUACCCACAUCUUCCUCAAGACGAUGAUAAGCUUCGCUCGCCUGUCCAGAAAAGUCUGGAGGGUCGAGAACUCAUUCACAAGUCUCGAGAGCAAGCAGACCGUUGACAACAUAGAGCUGCUGGACUUUCAGGCACUCCAGUGGCUGAAAAGGUUGCCCGAGAGCCUGAAAUAUGACCCCAACGAGCCGAAUGUGCUCAGUACCAGUAGACGGGAACCGCUGUUUGCCCGCGUCGUUGCGCACGCCCGGGUUAACCAACUUCGCAGCCUAAUUUACCGUCGAGUGCUCUACUCGAGCUCGAGCAUCUCACAGCACAUGCUGUACGCGCAGACAGUGGUAGACAUCGCAAAGAGCACUGUCGCUCUGUUCACGGGGUUGAACCGGCCAGGAGGGAUAUAUCACGCUCAUCCCGUAAUCUUCAGCCACUUUGUCAUCUCGGCAUUGGGAGUUUUGCUGCUGGCCAUUGCUAAUGCUCCGGAGCAUUUCUCUGGACAAUGUUGCACUGAGUACUACACUGCUCUUGAUCUGUUAAAGCAAUCAGCUAUGCAAUCGGAAGUCGUGUCUCGCCUGUGGAAGACAGUGGAGAGGCUGGAAGGGCUUGGGCCAGUACUGGGUAUCAUGCCGCCGCCUGAAGCGCAUCGGCCUCCACAGGGAAUGCUGCUUGAUACUCGACCACAGCCCAAAUCACCAGCAGGAGGCGUCAUGGAUGAUGGCAACUUAGCGGCGCCGCAGACCCAGCCAUCUGACUACCGAGACGAUCUUGCCAGUCUUUUUGGAUUUCCACUGGACGCUGUAGACUAUGGUCUUUUCCUGUCGCAGGAUACAGAUGCUGCUGGCGGUGGAAACGAGGCACAGCUCGACGGCGGAUAUGAUGAUCUCGCCUUCGACGGCGUGGGAGGAACUGCUUCAUAUUCAUACCUUAACUCAGCCGCUCCAUGA